CUCUUACUCUUUCUCAUUUCCCAAAAAAAUGGCACAAACCGGAGCCACACACUACUAGCAACGUGAAGCGAAGGUCACCGUCUCUUCCAUGUCCCAAAACGACGCCGUUGUUUCACAAACGUUUCGGGCUCUGGUCGAGAGCGCCGACCGCAAAUUCGCCAGAGUCCGUGACCUCCCAUUAUACGGAUACCGAUCACACAACCACCACCACCACUUUCACAAGGUCUUUAAAGCUUACAUGCGCUUAUGGAAGUACCAGCAGGAGAACCGGGUGAAGCUGGUGGAGUCCGGUCUCAACCGCUGGGAAAUCGGUGAGAUCGCCAGCCGGAUCGGCCAGCUCUACUUCAACCAGUACAUGAGGACCAGCGAGGCCAGGUUUAUUGUUGAAGCUUACGUCUUUUAUGAGGCGAUUUUGAGUAGGAGGUAUUUUGAAGGCGUUAAAGUUAAGGAAUUGGGAGUUAGGUUCAAGGAGUUGAGGUUUUAUGCGAGGUUUUUGCUUGUUUCUUUGAUUUUGAGCCGGACUGAGAUGGUUAAGGUUCUUGUUGACCGGUUUAGAGAAUUGGUUGAAGAUUGCAAGGCCAAUUUUCAGGAAACAAACUUCAAAGAGUGGAAACUAGUGGUUAAUGAAAUUCUUCGCUUUACAAAAGUUGAUGCUGCUUUUACAAAUAUGAGGCCAUUGCGAUAUUGCCCUACCUUUGAUACUCAGUCAACUUCUCUUCAAUAUGUGGCUCGUUUUCAUGCAAAGAAGGUUGUAAAAUUUAAAGAUGCAAUCCUGACAAGCUAUCACCGGAAUGAGGUUAAAUUUGCUGAACUUACUUUGGACACUUACAGAAUGUUACAAUGUUUGGAGUGGGAACCUAGUGGAUCUUUCUUCCAGAAGCGCCCAGUUGUAUCCACUGAUCAUUCUGGUGCUUCAACUGAUCAUUCUGGAGCUUCUGGGGCGAUAGACAUAAACUUUGCAGUGGAUAUGACUGAUCCAACUUUACCUACAAAUCCUAGGAAAGCUGUUCUUUAUCGUCCAUCUGUGACACAUUUGGUGGCGGUAAUUGCAACAAUUUGUGAGGAGCUUCCACCAGAGAGCAUUGUGUUAAUAUAUCUAUCAGCCUCAGGAAAGGCUGGUCAUAGUAAUGCUGCUCAAAUGGAAAGUUCUGAAGGAUCAGGGAAAUCUUCAAAUAACAAAGUGUUGUCUCGGGUCUCCCAAAAACAGAAUAACUCUAUGCCUGAAUAUCAUAUUAAUGGGAAGAAAGAGUCAAGUGACCUCUAUGAAAAUUAUUUGUGGUUGGGUCCUAGAGGGAAUGGUGGUCCAAAUAACCUCUACCCUGGUGAUAUCAUUCCUUUUACCCGGAGACCUUUGUUCUUGAUUAUUGAUAGUGACAACAGCCAUGCAUUCAAGGUAUUGCAUGGUUCAGAAAGGGGAGAGACAGCUGCCUUGUUUCUUUCACCUUUGAGGCCGGCAUUUAAGAAUUCAUCUACUGUUGAUACAACACAUAAUGGAAGCCAGUUCACUUAUUUCUUGACUGCUCCUCUGCCAGCAUUCUGUCAAAUGGUUGGCCUUUCUGCUUCUGAUGCUGAUACAGAUUCUUACAAUGGUGCACAGAACAUACUCUCCAGUUCGUUCUCUGAGUGGGAGAUCAUUCUCUGCAAGUCAACUAACUUGGAUAUUGUCUGGGCACAAGUUCUAUCUGAUCCAUUUCUACGACGGCUAAUUCUUAGAUUUAUAUUCUGCCGUUGUGUGCUUUCUUUCUUCUGCCCUCUGGAAGAUAGUGACGAAUACCUGCCUGUUUGCCUACCUCAUCUUCCAAAUUCCGUCUCUCCAAAAUCUGAAGUUGUAGAGUCUUGUAUCCACCGGCUUGCAAACCACCUGGGAGUUGCCGACUGUUUCCACUUCAGCAUCACGUAGUUAGGACCAUGAACAUCUUUCAGAAUUUGUAAGACAACACUACAGCCAUAUGGUGGUGAAGUUUCAUUGAUUUGUUGGGAUACUAGCUUCUGGACAUCUAGGCAGUCGGGUGUUUCACUGCACUUCGGAAGAACAUAAUUGGUGAUGAAGCUUACUCUGCUAAAUUUAGAGUAGGUGUAUUGUGGUUGCUGCUGCUUGUUUUAUUGCCCAUGUGCAACCUAACUGGUGUAUGCUGAAACCAUAUGGUUUGGUGCUGUGGUUAGAUGUGUGUUUGAUAAUUUGCAGAGUGUGUUUUAAGCAUUGUUUAGGGGGCUCAUUGGUUGUAUAAUUUGAUUGGUGUUAUGCUUGUUAGAGCUGAUUUGAACUAAUACUAAUUUUUUCUUUUUUGUACUUCUGUAAAGAAAAAUUAGUCAGAAAUCAAAAUCAAAUAUAUUCUUUUCCCCUUA